AUGGCUGAGAUAGUGAAUUGGAAAGAAGAGUUUGAAGAUACUGUGGUGGCAAGAAGAGGAUACAGAUCACAGUCAUCGAAAAAGAACACUCCCCUCACUGCUACUACCAUGGAUAGGUACCAAGGUCAUGAAUAUAGGCUUGACUGUGUGAGUGAUUACCUGUUCACCAUUAACUGUUCCCUGAGAAUCCAGCCAGAGGUGGCUCAUGCAGACCAGUCCUCUUACUGGCUGCACUUUGAGGCCCUCUCUUUCGGGACGGUAUUUGAUGGAAGCAAUGGACAUAUAAGCGCCACCUUGCUGGAUAAGGAAUACAUGCCAGUAAAGCAUAUCAAACCCAAUGCACCAAUCAAUCUCACCAUCAACCAGAUGUCAAGUCAAUACUGCGUUACCUGGAUGAGUAGCUAUGAGAAAUAUUUAGAAUUUGGCAAUCUUCUGACUGACAACCUGAAUUACGAACUCAGGUUCUACAGAAGUGGUCACCAAAUCUACGUUGUCAAAGCUCCCCACUCAACUAACAUCUCAGUGAACGUUGAAAAAUUUGAGCCAGACACAGAGUACACUGUAAAAGUGAGGUCCAUCCCCAACCAACAACUGUUUCAAGGCCAGUGGAGUGAAUGGGCAUCAGAGGUUCAUUGGAGGACUGAUCCCAUACAAAAAGUUGCAGAACUUCCAACAAACACAUUUACUGCCAUCUUAUGUGUGCUGGUUCCAGUACUGCUAAUUCUGUGCUACAUUCCAAUUGUAAGGUUGAAUAAAUCCGCCUUCAUCCCAACUCCAGCACCAUACUUCCAGUCCCUUUAUACUGACUGUGAGGGGGACUUCAGGAGCUGGGUUGUGACCCCAGGCUAUGGGGCAGACCUACUCAAGACAGAGGAAACCUUGCAAAUCGACACCCUGACUGAGACCAUACCUGUCCUGGAUGAUGACCACUCCUCAAUGGUGCCCCAUCACAUGAUCCAGGAGGGCCCCAGUGACAACCUGUCUAACCCAGCGUCUGAUGCGCUUUUCCUGGGCAUUGCUUAUGCUGUAUCUCUGGGGUCACCACUCCCGGCACCCAGAGGCCCACUGAAGAGUGUGUCUCUGAGUGAGCCAGAGAGCACCAUCGAAGCAGACUCGGGGUGUUGGCUGCACAGCACCACAUCUCUGGAGCGGGAGAAUGCCUGGUACAGCAAUGUGUACAGCAGCAGUGACUACUGCACCCUUUCGGACACUGGGAAUUGUCCGGAAAUUACCCCUAGAGUCUAUUGACGCACCGGUGCGUCAAUCUAAGCAACAUAAUACAAAAUCCCCACCAGCAUAAUACAAAGUCCCCAUCAAAAUCCGUCAGUUUAAGCUAGAGAUAUGUUUUUUUGUAUGGGCUGCGUCUCAAUCCACCGCAUCUGCCCAUGUUGCCCUUAUGAAUCUGCGGUGGAAAUUGGCAGAGCUACAGCGCUGUUUGUCAGACCAGGAGACAUCCCGAAAAUCGGUUUUCUCACGAAAAUGUCUGUAACAACCGAACGGUUUGGACUA